CAAUUAACAAGGGCCAGAUAUAAAUCCGCCGUUGUGUAUAGCUUCCGGUGAAGCGGCGACGAUGUUUGCGGCGAGAGUACGAGCUUCUCUUAAUCCUUUGUUCCAUGGAAGGUAUUAUAAUAGCUCCUCGGUGACCAGAAAUUGUGAAAUUGCAGAGGUUUCGAAACGUAUUCUACAAGAGAGAUUCAGAGAUGGAAAGCAGAUUAUGAGUAGCACUGGUAAUGGACUAAGAAUCAAACUGUUCAACCGCUCAUUUCAUAGCUCUCCUCAGUGUUCUGAUACCUCAGAAUCUGAUGUAGUACUUUCAGGAGUGAGAACACUUGCACCUGCGUUAUUUAGUCAUCUUGAGGAUGAUUUAUUCUCAGAGUUGGGUCCUGUAGAAAAAGACUUGGAUCGGAAUGUGAUUGUGAAGAUGUUAACUCAGAAGCCAGAGCCACUACAGGUUAAGAAACCAGAGCUUGUUCAGAAAACUAAAAGCAAGAAGACGAAGAAGAAGAAGAAGAAGAAGAAACAUGAUCAAGCUUCUGAUUCAGUUUCCAAACCAAUGCUGUUGACUGAGAAGCCAGAAGUUUCUUGGAAAACCAAUGGCAAGAGGAAGACGGAAACACAUACUUCUUCACCAGCAAGAGAUGUUACGGAUUCAAAUGUUUCAUUUUCCAAGCCAACCAUGCCAUCGUCUCCUGUUCAAGAUCUCAAUUCCAAGUCUCAAAGCAUAAUCAGUCCCAGUUCAGAGCCGAGAAAUGAAUCCAGCUCCAAGGGUUCUGCUACCUCAAAUCAUCCCUCGUCAGUUGUCUUUAUAAGGAUUGGGAAUUUAAACUCGAAAACAGCUGACUCUUUGAUACACUCGAUGUGCUUGUCGGUUGGCCCUCUCGAGGGUCUUGCUAGGGUUAAUGAGGACACUGUUGACGUCUUAUAUCGAGUGAAAAAACGGAACGUGGCAGAUUCUAUACUGGAAGAGCUAAAAGAUACAACGGUAGAUAACUCUCAGUGGACGGCUGAGAUUUUACCAGAAGCCGAAGAAGCUUCUAAAGAUGAAAUGGGUCUGAGAAUCACCCGCUGUUGCAAAAAAUUGGAUAAGCAUCUGCUUAUGCAGCGCAUCCUUGGAAAAGACUUGGAAGUUCUACUCCAUUCGGUUAUGCAUCUGGAGAACCAUCCAAUGGCUCGAGAUAGGGGCUAAAGGUUUUAGUUUAGGAUGUUCCCAAGAAGCCUAAUGACGAUCUUGGGUAUCUGUUAAGGUCUUGCAGUUCCUUUGAUAAUCAAUUGAAUUGGGGUUUGAUAAAAUUUAAAAGUAAGGGAGUGUAACGAAACUAUUAUGAAUUACAGGGGGCGUUAAAUUUUUAAGUCCGUUAAUUAAGGCGGGUGUUGCGGUAGUGAAAAGGACUGUCUUCCCCCAUGUUUCAAAGUGUUGAUGCAGUCAUGGUGGUGGGACUCCGGUGCUCCAAAGUUACACUGGUUCCAAUCUUGUAAUCUCCAUAGUCCACUCUAUGGCUUCAUAUGUUUUGCUAUCUAUUUAUGUCAUCAAGAAAAGAUUAAAAAACAAGUAAAAGUAUUAUUACAAGUGAUAGCCUAUCUGAAAGGGACUGUCUAGGCCUAAUUAUGAUAGGCCCAUUAUAAACAGCUUAUUAUUUAUUGGUUAGCCCA